AUGUACAUUAGCUUGGUUUAUUUGGAAGUUUUAUUGUCCUUUUCGCUACUUUCUCCGGCUGCAGCCGCUCCGCUGCCUGAUGCAAACUCCACCGCUGUCAACUCACUUGAAUUCGAUAUGGUUUCCAAUUCCACUUCAGUUUGUUUCAAUUCCACUAACUAUGCCAUUGAUGUUUCUGAGCUCCCUCUUCCAGAAUGGUUAGAUGACUGGGAUUCUUUAUUACUUGCUAUGCCGUGCGGUGAUGAAAUUUUCGUUUCUGUUCCAAAAGAUCUGGACAGCAACACUACAGCAAAGAUACUGGCUUAUUCUUUAGCUUCUGGUAUUGCAGUGGAUAAUUGGAAUAGUGAACUGCAGAAGAGAGAAAACAUUCAGGCAGAUCUUGAUGCCUUCUGGGAAACAGGCACUGUUGAGCUAGACUCGCUAUCAAUUGUACAAAAUUGA